AUGUACACAACUCAGUGCUUUAGUAUAGAACAAGUGAAUAAUCUGAGGUAAAUACAAGCACUGAGGAGGCUGACUCCACAUCCUACUAUCUUUAUUUUGCACCAGAACACCCUGAAGUUAAGAGAAUUUGGAUCUUGUAGGAGUAUCCAUUCUCAGCAGGCACACAGUACCUCCCCACGCUGGUGCUGAGCACCUGAAUGUUUGCUUACAAAAGGGCUCUAGAGUUACAAAAUUGGCAUGUGGAGUCCUGGCUGUGUUUUCUAUAAAAUCACAAGUUUCCAGCCUCUUUUUCUUGGAUAUAAUGAGCUGGACCACAUCUCAAAAAUCCAUGAAGUGAUAGGCAGUCCUGGUAACAAAACUCCAAAAGUUCAAGCAGCAACUUUAAAGAAAGGAAAAGGGAAGUCUUCUCUUGUGCACAAAUUGCCUUUUAAAAGUUUCUGUUUCCUUUGUGCAAUGAUAAAAUAUGACCCCAAUGAGAGAACUGCUGCCCAUCAAACCUUACAGCACCCUUAUUGUCAAGAACUCUGGCAAGCGACUUCAAAUCACUUCAAUUUAAAAAAAACCCAACAACAACAUGGGCCUCUGCUGGGAGAGUUACCAAAAUUAAAUUUUUCUGGAGUAGCCAAAUUGAUUUCCUUUCCUACUCCUACAUUGCAUUCAGUUUUCUGGAAACCUAAGGAAGGUGGUGGAACCCCUGUGUUCCAGUCUGUCAGAUUUGCUGGAUCAAAUAUUGAGAUGUAGACUCUCACUUGCCCACUGAAACAUUUGAAACUUCUGUUGUUUCUUCAACAGUCUGAGAAACAGAAGGCACUUCAGUCUUCCCUGAAACAUUUCCAUUUGUCUUCUACAGAAGGAAUAGAAGUGAGGAAAAGCCUGGCUAUGCAGUGAAGAGACCCAGUCAUGCUUCUGUUGUUAGAGAUCUAACAAGAACAGCAGUGCCUGAUUUUGUCUUGCUCUGACAAUUUGUAGGAAAACCCCACAAGGUUUGAGGGCUGUUUUCCUACCAUUUUGAUAUUAUGUUCCUGAAGGGGGUCAAUAUUUAAUUAAAGCAUUGUUCUGGCAGAGCACAGAGAGUGUUCUGCAUUGAACUUCCUCAGUACUUGUUCCUUUUAGAACCUGGUGGAGGAGGAGGUUGGUUAAAAAUAACAUGAAAGGAUUCUUUGAGUUCAAGUAUUAGGAAUGGAAUGUUAUCUACAGAAUUUAAGUUUUCAAAUUGUAUUACAAAUGACAGCUAGCUGCUGUAUUUUUUUAUUUUUUUUUUUUUUUUUUUUAGAUUUAAAGAUUUAAAAGUUUGGGGGUUUUUUCAGUUAGCUCUGGAAUUUAUUCCUCUCCUGUACUCAGUAACUUCCACCUCAGGUUUUACUGAGAAUGUGCAAAUUGUGCAAUCGUACGAGAUACUCGAUUUUGAUGCAGUUUCUGUAAGUGCUGAACAUUUUUAUGUAACUAUAAUCUAAUUCAAAGCUAAACCAACUUUUUAGCCAAUUCAAAAGCAAGUAAAACUUAGUCAUACUUAGCUCCAAGCCAUUGAUCUUAACAUUAAUCCAAAGUCUUAACAGGGACUGAUAUUGCAGCCAGUUGCUUAAAAGAGCAGUAAAAGCUUGUAGCAGAUCAUGCUUUAGAAAUCUGGCACACAGAUCACCAACAACAAUUUAACAGAAUAUUUCCUAUUAUUAAAUAAGGUAAGAGUUAAAAGGCAACAUUCUUAUCUUACUACGAAAGAAUCUUUAUUCCAAAUUGAUACCAUUGAUUUUAAAAUUCCUCAGAUCUAAAAACUUGCAUUAAAUAAUUUACAAUACUUAAAUUUGUUUAUGUGUCAGAGAACAUUUUGUUAUUUACAAAACUAAAGUCUGUGCAAGUCAUACUUGGCUAGGGGUUAAAAAUCUUCUGCCUACCAAGUGUACAUGCAAGACAGGUUUGGCAAAUAACUUUUUUGGAGGUUUUAAUAGUUAUAAAAGUUACUCUGCUCAUAAUUGGGAAGUGAUCAUAAUUUUUUUUCCUUAACCGAACACUGGGCUCUGGUGCUGCUGUUCAAAAACCCAGCCAUGAGCAGGAGGCAAAGGACAUUUUGUGUGAGAGGUACUGCUGCAGGGAGGCACUGAGGAAAAUGGGGCACUGGGGAGGAGCACAUCACAUCCAAGUCACUUAGCCAAACCUUAGGCAUCAAUCUGAGAUUGGUGCUCUAGAUCCAGACUAUUUAUUCUAACCAAUUAAGAUACACAAUGCAGUAAAACACAGGUUAAUAUAAAGAUCUUGUACAAGUAAAAAUUAAGCCUGUUAUGUUCUCAGCUCUCCUUCUGAGACUCCACAGGGCUGUGCAUUUGUGAAAAUAAUUAUUCUUCUUACUCAUUUGAGCUCUUCCAGUAAGCAGGUUUUUUGCUGUGGUUUGUUGAUUGUUUUUGUAAGAAGAGGCAUCUCAGCACUUGUAGGGUUCUGUUGUGACUGGAUUAGAUCCUAAUCCUUGUUCAGAUCAACUUUGGACAACUUUGAGCAUGCCCAAAUUCCACAUUGUAGCCUGUGUGGACGAGCUCAUGAGACUCAAGUUCUUUAUGAAUCCUUUUGACAUCUACUGCUUAAAAGCACUUGUCUAACUAAUGUUUGUCUUCAUGUUUAGAAGAUGGCAUUAUUGUCACAUACCAUACUGAGGAUCAAUGUGGCAUUUGUAAGGAGAUUCUUGAAAAUAUGAAAAUAGGCACAGGGUAAAUGUGGUGCAGACUGUGGGAGUAUUUGAUAUUGAUUUAAAUUUGACUGAGUUAAAUAUUGUGCGCCUGCAUCAUGUACCAUUGCUCAAUUUAUGUCAUUUCUUCAUAGCAAAUUUUCAGAAUCUCAAUAGCAAGAAUGGAAAAACAUCCCAGCCUUGGCAAGAAUUUGUAUAGAAUAAGACUAAAGCACUUGAACAAGGCUUUGCUGCUACUUGCACUAGGUGUGCCAAAGGAAGAGCAGAUUUCUCUUACUAGGACUGAACAAAUACAUGAGCUGAGCUUUAGUGGAGGAAGCGCUUUACACCAGUAGAGUGAGAACACUGUAACAAAGGGAAACAGCAGAACACAAUGGUACAGCUCACUGCUCCUUGUCAUUUUAUUGAAACUCCUACUGCAUGGAUGCUGCUUUCCUCCAGUUGCAAGCAAAAAGUGUUCUCCUGAACACAGUAUCCAAAGUGCAAUGAAGGUAUGUAAAACCACAGUGACUGGCUGAGGUUUCCUGCUCUGUUACAUUUCAGUGAAUCAUCUCCCCACAUCUGUAUGCUUUCAUGUUAGCAGCUCAUACUGAUAGAACAGAGAACUUCAACAAUAAGGCAAUACAUUAUUUGUCUGAAUACUUACCAUAGAGAUUUUUUUAUAGAUAGACAGAUAGAUAGAUAGAUAAUUGAAAGGUACGAUGCUACACUUGAAAAAUGAAAUUAAUGACUGAAGUUUUCUAGGCAGGCAACACAGUGCAACAGUAAUUUCUAAGUUCUUACCUUUGGAACGCUGAGCAAGAGGUGCCUUGAGCUUAUCCAGUGUUUUUUUCCAGAGAGGAAGAUGGUGAGUUGCUUAGUGCUGAUAUAUUUGGAGUUGAGCAUAAUGAGUAGCAUUAAAAUUGAUGGUCUAAAAAUAGGUAACUAACUGGAUCCAAGGGAGCUUACUCUCCACUGUUGUUAAUUUUUUAACAAAAAAGAGGACAAAUCCUACUACCCACAUUUGAUGGAUUGUUCUGACUCAGAUCUCCCUUUCCUAGCACUAUACAGGAGGUCAAAGCUCAGAUUAUCAAAACUGUAUUCCUGAUGGAGAUAUAUUUAUUGUAUUUGUUGCUUGCUGUAAUCAGUUUCUGGAAGCCUCAAAUCACAGAAGCUGAAGUUUAAGUAUUAUGACUGAAAAAUAUAAAAUUCCAUCAAACUGUGUUUGCACAAAGUGCCGUUCUGAUUUCAAAACUGUUAUUGCCACUGUUUGCUUCCCUCGUUCAUGUCAGGUAGGUGAUUAUUCAUACACCAGGAAAAAGAUGAAGUUAGAAUUUUUUUAAGUUUUAACCUGGAAAAAAGGGCUACCAGAAUAACAUCUUGUGUAUUGUCACAUUCUGUCCAGCUGUUGUAAUGAGAACGGCAAUUUCAUGUUCGACAGAUCAUUUCUGCUAUAAAAUUGCAAAUCUGAAGUAAAGAACCAUAUUGGAAUUUUUCUUCUUUUUUUUUUUUUUUAUA